AUGGGAGCAGCUGACAUCACGACUCAGGCCCAUGUCUGCAAUUUCUGCUUGAAAGCGUACCGGCGGCGCGACUUGCUCCUCCGGCAUCGACGACGAUGUCAAGGGCCGAAGAAGCCGGCCACGCGUCGAAAGGCUUGCAUAACGUGCGCCCAGGCCAAAGCCAAAUGCACCUAUUCGCGUCCAUGCCAGCGGUGUGCCACGCGGGGAGUUCCUUGCGAGUAUGAGUCGGUUCCCCCGCCAUCUGACGCGCAGGCGCUGGGGCUGGACCUCGACCUUGACCUCGUCGAAGAUCUCGCAAUAUUUGCAGGGUCUAUGCCGUUUGCAGGGGUCGUGAACACCCAGUCGUCGCAAGUGGGGCGGAGCGCCCAAGAAGCUCCGGCAGGCAACAGCACGUCCAUGUCCAACCCAAUGAACCUAGACGAGUCUGCGAAGACUACCGUAGACUCGCUACAUAUAGGUAAUCCCUUCUCAAGAGCGACAUUCGGAGCCUGGGAAGACCCCAGAGCAGACGUCACUUUACGGCCAUUUACCCUUGAAGAGUUGACGCAGGUUUUGGAGCAGUACCCCAAUUUACUUGUACGUGAUGACUUUAUUUCGCCUAUCCUCCAUCGCCUCUUGUACGACGAAGAGGUACCCAAUAUGACGACGCUUGCGCACACGUCUAUGGCGGUUUGCUGCGGGUCUGCCAUGGAAACCGCGCAUGGGGCACGCUUCGCACGGCAGGCAAUGGAUAUGGAGCGCCAGCGACUCAUCCAGAACUACCCCACCUACAGCUGCAUGCAGCAGUGGGAUGCCCUGCAUGCCAUGGUUGUGUACGGGAUCCUUGAGCUGCGCGUGUCGUACGGUACUGGGAAAGAUAGCUGGAAGCAGAAAGUUCACUCCAAGGGCCUCAAAGCCCCUUUCCUUGUGAAGAUGACCCAGGUCUUCAUCCAGUCCCAUAAUAGCACCCCAGAUUUGUCUCUCCUGUCGGCCAAUGACUCUAGUCUCAACUUUGAGCGAUGGAAUGUCGCUGAAACGGCGCGACGUACCAUCUUUCUCGCCAAUAUCCUCCAUUUCCUCAGUCAUCACGAUCCCAAUACGGGCAGUCGCCUGCCAUACUAUGAACCUCUGGAUGAUGAGCUCAUUUUGAACAUGCCAUUACCCUGUAGUCAUGCCCUGUGGUCGGCGCGAACCGAGCAAGAGUGGAGGCUCACGAUAGAAUACGGUGCGGCUAACUUGGACCCUACGAUCCAUGACCUCUCGACGGCAUUUCACCUAGUCCCGAGCUACUUGACACUGAAAAACCUACUAGAAAAUUUCUCUUCAGACUUUUUGACAACCAUUGUCACCCUGAAUUUUGGAUUCGGGGGCUCUGAUGAGUUGCGGAGUUUCAUUGUCCUCUGUGCUCUGUUGCAAUUUCCUGGGAAACAGAAUCAACGGCACCCACCAUUCUGA